GCCAGGACGAAAGGCAAGUGAGGAAGGAGAGUAGCCAGACUGGCACCCCUGGCGGUUUGAGGUGGUUAGUGGCCUCUUGCUGGCCCACCCAUGUUUGUGAGCAUCACAGCAGAAGGUAACGAAGCAGUGCAAUCAGCAGUGGACCAUUCCUCACCAGCACAAGGGGCACCAUGGGGAAGGCAUGAAGACAUCUGUGUAAACACCUAACAAGUAGGCAGCAGAGACUGGCAUCAAGACCUUUUUUAAGACGCUUUCUGGCUUUGCUGCUGCAUGGACUCAGAGCACAAGUCCUUUGCCAUACCCAGUGGAGGCAGACGAGGCUUCCCUCAGCUCCAGGGAGUGAACCAUGAAGACGUCAAUUGUGUUUUUGCUUUGCAUCUCAGUUUUCCCAGGCUUCUCCCAGGGCAGAGUUGUUGGAGAGGAUGAAACUGGUUUUGCCGAGUGUAAUGUGUUCUUCCCUGGACAAGUCCCACCCGAAGGAUUUACGGAGCCGUUCCACGUGAAAAUCUGUCAGCAGUACAACAAAAAGCCGCGCUUUGCAACCCUCUACAGUACUAAGGACAAAAUACCUCUUUAUUCAGCUUUUAAGUACACAAAGCCAGCCCAAAAUAAGGAAGAGAACUGGCUGGUCGAACCACAGAUAGAUGAUCCAGAAAAUGACCUGCAUGAGAUGGUGCAUGAAGCUGAUAUUGUUGGCACUGUGGCCAACCUUGGUGCAAAUCAAGCCCUGACCUCUGACUACAUGGGCUCCGGCUAUGAGAGAGGGCUGCUCAAUCCCAGCUUGCUCAAUGAGGAGGAUUUCCAGAUGGCCACUUACACGCUCACGAAUGCCGUCCCUCUGAGCCCAUCUCUGAGCAAAAGCUGGCACAGAGACAUUGAGAGGGUAGUGGAGCAAGCUCUGGUCCCUCACUGCUCCAAGAAGGAUCACCUCUAUCUCCUUGCAGGCGCGAUUCCUUCCAGUGUCCAAGUUAAAGGCAAGGUGUCAGUGCCAGACACCCUCUGGCUGGCAGCCUGCUGUGAUGCUCCAGAGGGCUGGUCCCUGGGACUAGUGAAGAAAAUGAAUGAUGAAAACAGCUUGGCAGACCUCAUGGUGGGAGAGCUGGAGAAGCAGCUUCUAGCAGGUGUUCACUUGUUCAAGGGCAGCUGUGGGGAAGACAACCAAAGCCAGGAGAAAAUAAAAGCAAUACUGCAAACUGUCAGUCAGAUCCGCUCUGGAGAGCAAGUAGGAACAAAUGACAACCAGGAAACCAAAGACAGUGGCUUGGUGAGAAAAGUGGCUGGCAUCAUUGCUACCCCUUUCAUCAAACUUCUGGAACUCCUCAUCUACGUGUUUGUGGGGCUGGUGAAAUUUGUGUUUUCUUUUCUGUGGCUCGUUAUCAAGUGGGUUGGUGGUACAGUUCUGGAUGGAAUCUACAGCCUGUGGAAUGGGGUGGUGUCCUACCUUAAAGCCAUCAGCAUGGUGCUCAUCAGCAUCCCCUAUGACAUGGGGAGGGUCAUUGCCAACAUAUUCCUGGGAUUCCUGCAAAUUGUUCAAGAUGUGGCAUUCCUCACCUACAGGAUCCUGCGCAUCCCUAUGGGGUUUGUCCUUCACCUCGCUGCUUUCCCUUACCAUUCCAUCUGUGCCAUUCCCUCUGUCCUCAAAGACAUGGCCACCGGGAUCGGGGGCACCUUCUCGCUGGUCAUUGAUGCCACAGCUGCACUUCUGCAUGGCUUUUAUUACUUGGCUGGUCACAUAGUCAAACGGUUUGUCCCUAAAGGCUCCUCUGAUGACUGAUGCGGAUGGAAAUCAAGGCUGCAAAGACAUGGGGUGAAGGAGGAGCGGGGCAAUGAAGAUACGUGGCCAUAUGCUCUCAAUUCUGUUCUGGUAUUUAUUGUAGUGACAUUAAUAAUAAUGAACCAAUGGGGGAGUAACAGGGAAGGCCGAGGUAACAUUGCUGGGGGCACCACCAUUGUAAUUCAAGUUCUGUCUUUUGUGAAAUGUUCGGAUUUAUUGGUGCAGGCCACAAAGUUUCUGUGAUUUGCACAUGUCAGGAUGCUUCCUCUUAGCACGUGGGAGACGUGCUAAAUGUGGUAUGGGGUUGUUUCUUUCUGGCAAAGACAACAGUGAGACCUAUGCAGGGGCAGAGAGCUCCACAGAAGCCCAUCCCUGUUGGGGAGGAGGUGGUGGUUGGGGCACAAUUUUAGGUACAGAGGGUUUUCUGGGACCUGGAGAAGGGAAAAGGAGGUGAGGGUGCAAGGAUUUGGGGCUGGGAAAUGGUAGGGAGCAAGGAGGGAUGGGGACGAGGUCCUGCUGUUGGUUGCACUGCUCAUUGCACCAGGGUCCCCACUGGUGGAAGGGAUGCAACUGGGUGUAUCUCAUAGUCCUCAGGCUUUUCCAGGCAGCUGAAAUCAUGUGGAUCUUGCUGUAAGGAAAGACCUGCUGCCUGUUCUUUCUCAUCGUGGGAGAACAUUUUCCCUUAGCCAUACCAAGGUCAUCUUCCCCCAACCCUUCCUUGCUCUCUGGUGACUAUUGAAGGUCUAAGCCCUGAAGCUUCAAGACAUGGCAUUCCAUGAUGGUCUAAGCCCCUGAAGGUCUCAGCCCUGAAGCCUUUGUGCCUGCUACAAAGCCCAGCAGCGCCCGGGAGUCAUGCUUUUGGCUCUGAAUCAGCUGCCACCUGCCCUGCCUCCCUUGAGAGCUGACAGCUCCCCAAGCACACAGCAGUAUUUACAUGCCUGAGGUCUCCACAAGAUGAUGCCCAGGCUGGGGAUGGCUAACACCACAGCUGUCCUUUUGGGACUUGUUUUGAAAGCCCAGCCUGCAGAGAGAAAAAUGAUCCUCCUGGGUUUCCUUCUAGGGCAAAAGAAAAGCAGCUCUGCCCUUCCUACUGGUCUGGGUCGGCGACAGGGACAUCCUUACAGAGGGAAUAUGGGAGAGAAGAUGCAUGGGGAGCAAGGGGAAAAUCCCUUUGCUGCUUUUGCAUGGGUUGAUUUGGUGUUUUGAUAGCCCCACAUGGCGGUGGGGCCAGAGUGCGGCAGGGCCAGCCCCAGGCGGGGCAGGGCCAGCCCCAGGCAGGGCAGGUGGGUCGCCUCAGUCCUGUGCUGGGAGUGAAGCUGGCUGGAGGGACAUCGAGGAGGGGAGUCCUGCAAAGGGGAGGAAAAGGCAGAGGGAGUAGGACACUUGUGGAGAGUUGCUUACAUUUGGAGGUCCUGGUAGCACUCAUGGCAGGGGACUCUGCUGCCUGGGAGAGGAGAGAGGUCUGUGUGGCUGUCGCCGCUGCAGGGACCAGCACAGCCAAGCUCAACAUGAGCCUUAGCAGCAACAGCUUUUGCUGGUUGGUUCCCUUCCCUGUUCAAAUUUGGAAACCUGGAGGAGGGAAAAAGCAGUUGCAUUGCCCCCUUCUCCCAUGGGGACUAUGGACUGUCAGGUAGGACGAGAGGCAGAAGGGGGAUCUGAGGCACAGUGUUUGUUUUGCUGUGUAAAUACCCUCCUGGUGAGCCCAUGCACUGCUGGAUGCACUUAUGCGGGAGGGUGACCCAAUCCCUCUUCUGCACCACUCAUCCUCUGUGCUCGCUGUCCUUCACCCCUUCUCCCGAGCAGUGUGAGCCAGGACCCCUGACAUCUGGGACACUGGAGCCGGGGUGCAGGCAGGAGCUUUGCAGGGAACCAUCAGGGGUUUGUACUCAGACGAGGGGCACAGGGACGCCCACCGCUGCUGGAGGAGGGCACAGGGGUGCUGCCCUUCCACAGGGCUCAGCUCAGCAAGGGGCUUUAUGUCUCUUGGUGCAGCUGCCUGCAGAACAGAGGCUCCUGAUCUCUGCAGCAUUUGCUCUGGCUCGACUCCCAGAUGGGAGGAUGGGUCCUGCCCUUCACACCCACCUCUGUCCCCCGCUCCAGCGUCAGGUUGGUUGUGGACCUCUGAUCUGUCAUAGCACCCCAUAGGAGUCCCAGGGGUGUGCAAGCCGGUGCUGCCGUCCCUGGGGGGGACCCAGCGGUGCUGUGUUGCUGGUGGCCAGUCCUGGGUUGAAGACAGCCCAAUUACUCAAUGCAGCAGCUUUGCUGCCUCUCACUGCUCACGGCAGGGCUGAGCUGGGCAGGGAUGGAUUCAGGGGGAUAAAGGAGAUUGAGCUGGUUCAUGGCUGUGGCAGAGGAUUGUUUCCUUAGCUCAGGGACUGUGUUCCAUGCAACCAGCUGUGUGGGCACACCCCAGACCAGCACACCCUGGCCAGGCAGCACCCCGUUUGGCAGCGAUGCUAGUGGCAUCGAUGGGGAUGAAGUGGGGAGGUGGUGGGCUGAGCAGGGACAGAGGACAACUGCUCACCUCACCCUUUGUGGGCCAUGGCUGGUUCAUGGAGAAAGAUAGGCCACCCAUCAAACAGCACUGGCGUUGUCCAAAAGGAAAGGCAGCUUUUGUGUGCCAACUUGAGUCUAACUGGGUGAAGGCUGCGGUGUUUACAAAUACCUCCUUUGCCUUGGAGAUGUUGGUACAGGGAUUUCGGGUGCAAGGGGCAGGGUCCAGGUUGCUGCUCCCAGCAGGCAAACAGCAGCCUGCAGAUGCUCUCCAAACCAAACUUUGCAUCUUUUCCUACUGAAACAUGCCUUCCCUGCUGCAGAGCCAGAUGUGGAGCUUGUUUCUCACUCCUUCACAGGACCCUGUCCCAAACCCAGCACUUCUCUCGGGCUACAUGGCAGACAGCUCAGGUCCCAGGAGCUGCCAGGGUGCAGUGACAGGGGCACCAGCCUGCUGGACACAGGGUCCCCAGCAGCCUCUGAAGGCAUGUGUGGUGGCAGCAGCUUUCAAGUGCAGCCCAAGCACUGGGGAGGAGGCAGCUGUGCCCCCCUGCAGCUGCCUGUCUCGUGCCUUCUGCAUGGCCUUGUGUCUGACCCCACUUAGCUGUGCGGUGCUGCACACAGCCGGUGAUGCACUUUUCAGGGGUCCUGCACCCAGAGCAGCUGCCCCACACCUUAACCCAGAAGCCCCUGUAUCCCAGCCCCGCAAACACCUCCAGCGCGCUCCCAUUGCAGUGAUGUGGAAGCUCGUGUGCGGAGAGGCAGCAAAGCUGAGAUGCCUCGGGAGGUCUGCGCUGCCACUUCUCCAUCACCAUCGCCACUCAGCCUAGCUCGGGUCAGGCCAGCAGGUCUCCGUGCUGCAGCCGGGUCUUCUGACCACAGGUGGAGAGUCCUUGAAACCUAAGGGGCUGCAGCACUGUAGGAUUUGGGCAGAUGUGGAACAGUAUUACUAAAAAUCAUCUUAACGUGCUCAGAUUUCAAAUGCUAAGAACUGCAACCAGCACGGGGCAUUUUUCUUCUGUGCUGCUUGUCUGAGCAGAUGAUGGGAAAUCUGCCUCAAACACUGAGCAAUUAUCACAGAACAAGCAACAUCCUGCUACAAACUAACUAUUGUUUGAGAUUAUUCUUAUCUGGGCAUGAUUUAUGGCUUGUGAGCUUUACUCUCUCCUUGGAAACAUAUGGCUUUCACAAAAUAAAAGUUACUUUUCCAAAGAGGGGCUGGUAUCACGUAUCUGUCACAGUUGCAAACAAGAUAAUGCCACCCGGGGCACCCUGACUGAUCAACAAAGCACCAGGAGCACAGUUGUUCUUUGUUACGGGUUGACAUCUGAUAUUAAUGUCCCUUUAGUGCUUUUAAAACACCUUUCCUCUCUCAAAGCCCUUUAAAAGAGUCAAUUCAUUAAGCUGCAGAAUAUGUAAGAUAAAAGCUGGGGGGCUGCAGGCAGUGAAUUUAGCUCUGUGUGUGCCACAAGAGAGGGAGAAGAGAUGUUUUCUUCUUUUGAGAUGUGGUUAUACCUGGGGUGCAGCACGAUGGCUGGUUUGGAUACAGAAAAAUCAUAUCAUGGCAGGGUGAUUCUUUGUAGCUGAUGGGGAGAAACUCCCUCUUGUGUGAUGCUGUUCCCUUAACUGGUUUUAUCACAUCUUUAGAAGGAAAACAAACACUUCCUAAAGGUGGCUGUUUUCCUCCACUGACAGUAUAGAGAUCCUGGGAUGAGUAAACCAGAUGUUGGCACCUACAUUUUGCAGGUACCUCUUUGAGCAGAUGAACCCCUCCAGCGCAGUCUGCGUUCCUCACAGGUCUGCAGGAAUUGCCAAGACACUGGAAGAGGUUGCCCAGGGAAGCUGUGGAUGCCUCAUCAUUGGAAGCAUUCAAGGUCAGGUUGGACAGUGCUUUGAGCAGCCCAAUCUAGUGGAAGGCAUCCCUGCCUCAUCCAGAUCACCCAACAUCCGACACAGGGGUCUCUGUGCACCUCGACAUAAUCUUUGUCUCUGUUGCAUUCCCCUGGGGCUGGGCACUGGUAACAGCAGAGGGGCUCAGCAACCCUGGCAGCAUGGCCCCUUGGUCACAGCCCUGGGCUCAGGUCCCCUGGGUGGCACCUCUGCUGCCAUUGCACGUUUUGGAGCUGCUCACCCCUGUGUGGAGCUCCAUCUCUGGCUCAGUACCUCCCUCUGGCCAGGGAGCUGCUCCAGUUUGUCAGGGAACUGAUGCAGUGAAAAGCCGAAAUCAGGACUCAGUAGUCUGAACAACUAUUAAGCAGGUAUUCUUUACUGCAGUGCUGGACACACAGGGGAUCACUCCUAAUGUGCAUCCCGCAAGUCAUGAUGGACAAAGCUUAUAUUGCUCAGUUAUAUACAUAUGCAUUAGAUUUCCUGGAACUAAUUAUAAUACUUGCAUCUUAAUUACCCAUGUGUUUUAAGUCCCUUCUUCCACAUAUGGUCAGGAGUUGGCCCAUCAAGUAAUCUUGUCACAGUAUAUUGCAAGGUGUGUGUUCUGACCCCUAUCUAGAUGGAGGUGUCCUUUGUUCCUUUUGUCUUGGUUUGACCGGCACCUGCUGCUAGGUGUUUGCAUCCCUCCAGGACGUUCCCCAUCAGGCUCGCCAAGACUAUGUCCUUGAGUGCAUUCUUGCCCUUACAGCAGUGGCAGUCAUGAGGCUGUUGUGUGUUUGUCCUGGGUGCUUCUGAGUGGAACCUCAGGGAUCAUGAGGUGGUUUCCAGACAGCAGUUUGGUAGUUCUGCAGUGUCCUUAUCUUUAUGGUUCUGUACAUCUGGGUCGUAAGUCUUGUUUAGGUGCUUCUUGUCAUGAAGCCUUUCUGACUCCCCCAAAGCAACAGGUUUUAGUCACAACAGCUCUAAGUCUAUAAGAACUGAAUCAUCCUUGUUCACAGGUUACCUCUCCAGUGUAGUCAGUUCCAGAAAAUAGAAGAAGUAUUGGAAAAUAAAUGCCAGUGUAACUUGUUUGGGCAGGAGGGAUUGCAUGGGAGCAAGGAGUGUGAGGUGCGCCUGGGGUGUCCGUGUUGGUGAGGUUGCGAUCCCGUGGGUUCGGCACAGGACGAUUGCUCUUCGCUGCACGGUCUCCCAGGCCGUUGGACUUCCUUCGGUUUGGGAAUGGGUCUCACACUGGGUAACAUCUGCCAUUGAUUUCCACAGAACUGGUGUUUCCAGCCGAGCAGAGAGGCCUACAGGUUUUCCAGCAGUGUUAGUGUUACAGCUGGUUGGAAAAUCUCCAAGGAAAUAUAUCCUGUCAGAACAGGCUAAUUUAUCAAACAGGGUUCUUUUCCUGGCAGUUUGCCAUUUUUAGUGGAAAAGAUUUUUCAGGUCCAGGCUGGAACGAGGACCAGAAUCAACCAAGAGCAGCCUAGGGUCUGGAUUAGAGGUUUGGAUAUGGACAUUCAGCACCUGCUCCUGCCUAAAGCCAGGCCUGACACAUGAAUGUGGCUGUCUUCAUCUCAGAGGAGUGCCCUUACAGCUGUGGCUCAUCUUAGCUUAUGUCUCAUUUUGUCCCAUUUGUAAGGGUGAAAAAAACCUGUUUCCCUUCCAAAAAUACUGAAACUGUGACUUUUCCUGGGAGGUAGAAGCCAUUUUCCACUGAGCCAGGAGCAAAGUUGCCUGCAAAGCUGAAGCAGUGGCUUCAAAUUCCUUUGCAGUAGCAUCUUUAUUAAUAACUUGAGGUUUAAACUAAUUUAACAUGGUGGAGGAGGGACAUUUGGAGCAGAUGUCACUGUGUGUUUACUGCUGUGAUAGUGCAGAUUUUGCCAAACUGCCCAGUGUCUGCUUGUAGAAGACGGUUAUCGACCAAAGCCAGGAGCUGCAGCAGGCGGGCAGGACGAUGCUAGUGGGCAGGGGAGGAACCAUGGGAGCUCCUUGAUGGUGGGAGAAGAGCAACAGAUGGAUGGGAUGUUUCAAACCAAGUGGCUGGUAGCUAAAUAGUGAAGAAUAGUGGCUGAGAAGGUCUCUGCUUGGUUCUGACACCAAUGAACUGCUGAGAUGAGUGGAGCAGCUCCUGAGGGAUGAUUCGAUAGACUCAGGCAGACAUUGCUUUCUGGAUUUAUAUGCCAAGUCUAGGCAUUUAAAAUCUCUUCUCUGCAGGACUCCCUCCAUUCAGUGUAAAUAUCUCACUAGACUUUCACCUGGGCACCUCAGCUGGAUGUCUAAAGCUGGGGCCAAUGAAGCUUAGUUGGGGUUUGGGGCUGAUGGGGCUUGUCCCACCCGUGGAGACCUUUGAGGUGUCCAUUGACGUGGGUCGCCCAUGUGGUUGUACAGGUGAGAUGGUCUUUCCCACAGCCCCUUGGAAGGCUCUUGGGCUGCUAAAGUCCUUCCAUGCAGGUAGGACUGAUACCAGGGGCUGAUGCCUCCUGAGGGCUGCUGGAAACAACCCCCAGUGCUCGCAGCCACACUCGGUGGUGGGGUUUGUGUGUGGUCCUGCUCAACAGAUGGGAUUAACCACCGUGUGUGCCUCAAGCCCUACGAGUUGGCCUGACCUGUGUGGGGUGAUCCCACCCCCCAAAGAACUUGGCCUACAGUUUUUUGAGUUCACGAAAAACAUGCAUAUUUGUGGGGUGGCUGAGUGCAUCCUUCACCCUCAGGCAUCUGCAGGCUGUAACUGUACACCUUUGCACUGUGGGUGAUGAUAGCCUGCACUUGAAAAGAACACUGCACUCUGCAAAACUGAGAGGAGUUAUUUGAUGUGGAGCAAAGGGGCCACCUUCUCAGGGACCUGUGAGACCAUGUUGCCCAGUGGCUGGAGAAGAGGUUUGAAUGGUAACAAUUAGUGUCCUGGUGUCAGAGAGGUCCAAAUGAUCUCUGAGGUUCAUCAUCCCACCAGUAGACAGUUAAGGAGAAAGGGUGACAACUCCGGUGCUGGGUGUCAUCAAGGACUAGGGAACAGGCACUUGGGCUACAGCGAUGGAGGAUAGUUUUGCCCAUACCCAGAUCCUGUAAUGCCACAGAUCACCCCCCCCAAGCCCAGUCAGAGGGGGUUUUGGUGGAGUGGGAUGUGUCUGGGAACCUGGUACGUGGCCUUUAUUUCUCUCAGGAGCGUAUUCAAAGUCUCUCCCUUUGUCCGUCACCUGCUCCCAGCCGUGAGUAGAUGUAGGUGUUCAGCACCAAGCACGUUCCCGCGAAGUGUGCUGCCGGCACUGCUGGGACUCCGGGGGACACAGCACUGAGGUUCUGGACCUCUGCGGCAGUGGGGAUUUGUACUCUGGUCUACUGAUUAUACCUGGUAAGAUGCCUCCAGCUGAGAUGCUUCUGUUCCUGUUCUUUGCAUUUUUCUUGUUUUAUUAUUUUUCAGCAGGAAAACCGAAAGAAAACCCUAGGG